AUGGCCACAGAAACAGUCACGACCACCGAGGCCACACCAGCAUCGGCCAAGUUCGAUCAAGAAAGCGUCAAGGCAACAGAAUUCUACCAGAGCCUACGAGAGAAGAAUGCUGGGCCGCUGUGGACUGUUCUUGACAAGCUGGUGCCCCCGACGCCCAACCCGACCGCAGAAGUGAACAUAUGGCGCUAUUCAGAAAUGCGGCCGUCGUUGAUGGAAGCCGGCCGGCUCGUCACGGCGGAGGAAGCUGAACGGCGGGUUUUGAUGCUGGUCAAUCCUGCGAUGCAGGCUCCGUGUACCACGGACUCGAUAUACGCGGGCCUGCAACUGAUCCUGCCCAAUGAGACGGCGCCGGCACAUCGCCAUGUCGCAUUUGCGCUGCGGUUCAUCAUCGAGGGCUCUGGAGGGUUCACGGCAGUCGAAGGAGAGAAGAUGAUGAUGGAGAGAGGAGACGUUAUCCUCACGCCUAGUUGGAUGUGGCACGAUCACGGAAACGAGGGAGAUGGGCCUGUAAUCUGGCUGGAUGGGUUGGAUCUACCGCUCUUCAAAUUCCUACCCUUGAAUUUCGCGGACCAGUACCCCGAUAAACGGUACCCGAGCACGCUGAGCACCACCAGCAAGUCCCGGUUCCCAUGGGCUCCAGUGGAGAAGUAUUUGAAGAAUGUGGAAGGACCAUAUGUGGUUUAUGAUUAUGCCUCGGAGGAUGGAAAGCCUCUGUCACCCACGCUUGGAGCUCAGGCGGAACGUAUCGCGGCUGGGACCACCUCGCCCACUGUUCAAGAGACUGGCUCAUUUGUCUACCACGUUGUCGAAGGAGAUGGCUAUACCACCAUCUUGACACCUGGAGAGAAGAGUGCCCGUAAGAUUACCUGGAUGGGGAAGGACACUUUCGCGGUUCCUGCUUGGAGUCAGAUCUCGCAUACAGCCACGUCAAGCUCAGAUGUCUAUCUGUUCGCCAUCAACGACCGUCCCAUGAUAACGUCGUUGGGCUUAAGGAGAGAAACAUAG